AUGAGACUCAGUCAUGUGGAAAAUUAUUUAGAACUUCAGUUCACCAUGAUGGGCAUGAUUGAAAAAACGAGUGAUAACUUAAUUAGUGUUGGACGAUCAAAUAUUACGCUGACUAUGGUGCAAACGCGUCUUACAGAUUUAAAAGAGAACUGGGAUCAGUUCUCAAUGCGACAUCAGGCCAUCGGAUUGGCAGUACGCUCAUUAAAUGCAGAGGAUAGAUUACUGAUAAUGAAUCACGCGUAUUUUUCGGAAGGUCUUUUUCCAAAGACGCAUCAAAUCUAUCUUCGGGAAAUCGAUAGAUUGAAUUCCAUUCUAGCGCGGGAACCAGAGUCCGUAACGCCUUCGAAUUCUACGCAACCGGUUUCGCGGGAAUUAGGGUCAGUAGCGCCUUUGACUUCUACUCAACCUGUUUCGCGGGAACCAGUGUCAGAAACGUCUUCUAAUUUGAUACCACCUCCUGUGAAUAUUUUAGAGGCGCAAUCUCUUUCAGAUCAUCUAGCGUAUCUUGAUCGCGCACGUUUGCCAAUUAUUAAAUUACCUGAAUUUGACGGUACGCCAGAUAGAUGGUUGUCGUUUAAAGAUUUAUUUACCUCUAUCAUUUUAAAUACUUCGCUGACAGCUGUCGAGAAACUGCAAUACUUAAAGACGAGUUUAAAAGGAUCAGCUGCUCUAUUACUUAAAAAUACCAAACUCACGGCCGAUAAUUUUCAAAAGUCAUGGGAGGCUUUAGUUGCAUUUUAUGAAAAUACACGAUUACUCGUUAACGAAACUAUUCAAUCGUUAUUCUCUUUGAAACGAAUGACAAAGGAAUCAGCUACUGAAAUGGAGCAACUUUACACGAACAUGACGCAAAUCUAUCGCACACUCGAGACUUUACAACGUCCGGUUGAAACUUGGGAUGACAUCUUAGUAUUUAUUGCUGUUCAACGACUUGACGCUAAUUCGGUUAAAGCUUGGGAAAUUCGGUUAGGCUCAGCAAAGCAGCCGCCUACAUGGGAUCAAAUUCGCACUUUCAUGUUUGAUCGGUUUCACACACUUCAAGCUGUUGAAAGAAACAGAUCAGGUUUCCGCUCACUUCAAUCUACUGCCGCGUCACAUUUUCAAGGAAAAUCGAAAGAUGAAAAAACCGGGAAGUCAAAUUCUUGUGUGUUAUGUUCAGCAAAACAUUAUAUAGCGCACUGCUCGCAGUACACAUCGAAAACUGUACAACAACGGAUGGCGAUUAUUGCAAAACAUAAACUGUGCUAUAAUUGCCUCGGUUUACACCGAGCCUCGGCUUGUCGGGUAACUACGCGUUGUUUGAAGUGUGGCAACAAGCACCACACCACUAUACAUCAAUUUAACAAGAAAUCGACAAAUUCUGAUCAGUCUUCGACUAAAGCAGAAACAAAAGCGGUCUCUUCUCCGACGAUUAAAACGGAUCAAGCUGCACAGUCAACUUCUACUAACUCGGAUGUGAAAACAGUACAUGCUGCUUCGAUUUCAAGAUCUACUUCAAGCGUAUUAUUGGCCACGGCACAAAUUGUGAUUGAAAGUCACAAUGGAGAGCGCAUAAAAGCUCGAGCAUUGAUUGAUCAAGGAUCCGAGAUAUCCUUAAUUACUGAACGUCUUGUACAACGACUACGACUUCCGAGAAAACAUUCGAUCAUCCCCUUGAUUGGAAUAGGAGCUCAAAAGGCCCGUCAAACCAGAGGAGUUGUUACCUUCAAAAUGAAGCCGCAUUUCGAGAGUGAAUACGAAUGUUUCAUCGACGCUCACAUACUACCUAAACUCACUACUUCGUUACCUUCCAAGCUUUGCGACAGUUCAACUUGGAUUCAUCUUAUCGGAUUACAAUACGCAGAUCCGGACUUUACAAUUCCAGGAUCUAUCGACAUCAUAUUGGGAGCUGACAUUUAUGGCAUUAUUCUCGAAGAAGGAAUUAUUAAGGGGGCUUUGGAUACUCCAAUAGCACAAAGGACAAAACUUGGCUGGAUCAUUUCGGGUCCGGCAGGAAACGCUUAUAACUCUUUCCUAAUUCGAAGUAAUCAUAUCUCAACUGAUAAAGAACUCUAUGACUUGAUUCAACGGUUUUGGGAGAUGGAAAGGAUUCCUAUCUCGGAAAAUUCUUCGUUAUCUGAGGAAGAUCAGCAAUGCGAACUUCACUUCCAAUCGACUCACACUCGAGAUUCAAGUGGACGUUAUCAAGUUAAACUACCUUUCAGUCAGCCAGCCGAAAAAUUAGGAGACUCUCGGACGAAGGCUGUUAAAGUAUUGAACAGUCUGUCUAAACGAUUGUUGUCUGAUCCUCAGUAUGAAAAGGCUUAUCAUAAAUUUAUGGAUGAUUACAAGGAGUUGCAGCACAUGACACUCGUUCCAGAUUCCUGUCCAGAACCUCAACACGUUUAUUAUUUGCCACACCAUGGAGUGCUACGUGACAACGAUCUCAAUCGUAUUCGAGUUGUAUUCAACGGCUCUAGUCGUACAUCUACAGGAUAUUCUCUAAAUGACAUACUGUUUACCGGAGCAAAACUACAAAUCAACUUGUUCGACGUUCUGAUCUGGUGGCGCAGAUUCCCAUUUGUCUUUUCGUUCGACAUGAUGAAGAUGUACAGGCAGAUUUUAAUACACCCAGAUGAUCGAGAUCUUCAAAGAAUUCUUUGGAUCCUGCAAUCUAAAGGCAUUCUGACUAUUCAAACCUUCCAGCUGAAUACGGUUACUUAUGGUGAGAUUUGCGCACCUUUCUUAGCCCUUCGAACCAUCAUUCAACUCAUUAAGGAUGAAGGAAGUAAAUACCCUCUGGCAGUUCCCGUUUUGAAGAAAGGCCGUUACAUGGAUGACGGAUUCGGAGGUUCAGAUUCAAUCAAGAAGGCACGAUCAAUUGUCCAGGAAGUGACUGAGAUCUGCAAUGCAGGAGGCUUUCCGCUUCAUAAAUGGUCUGCAAAUCACCCAGAAAUCCUCGAUUCCAUCCCUCCGGAUAAACAAGCCAUUUCUUCUCCAGUGAAGAUAAACGAGAAUGCUCUCGUCAAUACCUUAGGAUUAUGUUGGAAUCCUCCUACUGAUACCUUUCAUUUUACUAUUGAGAUCCCAAAGCCCAAUACACUUUCUAAACGAACAGUCAUGUCAGUCAUCGCUAAGAUAUUCGAUCCUCUUGGUUUACUUGCUCCUGUACUUAUUCCUGCCAAAGUUCUUAUCCAGGAAUUGUGGACUCUAAAACUUGGCUGGGAUGACCCUUUACCAGGAGCAGUAUCUACCAAAUGGAACCAGUUCGUAAAUAAGCUUCAAGAAAAGCAUAAGAUAGCCAUUCCUCGUUGGAUCGGUGUGACAUCUGAUCACCACAUAGAAAUCCACGGUUUUUGUGACGCUUCUCAGCAGGCAAUUGCAGCCGCUGUAUACGUACGAUCCACCGACGCUCAUGGAGUUACCAAAGUCUCAUUGUUGUGCGCCAAAACAAAGGUCGCUCCUCUGAAGCGUCUUACCAUAGCACGCCUUGAACUUGAAGGAGCAGUCCUCAUGACAAAACUUAUUUCUCAAGUUUCAAACAUCCUCGAAUGGGACAGAGUACCGGUUACAGUCUGGUUAGAUUCUUCCAUAGCUAAAACUUGGAUAACUGGGCAUCCUUCUCGUUGGAAGGAUUUCGUACACAACCGAGUUGUAUUUAUUCAGAAAACUCUACCUCACGCUCAAUGGAGAUUCGUAUCAGGAAAGGAAAAUCCUGCCGAUUGUGCAACACGCGGUUUAACACCCGUUCAAGUUCAAGAGUUUACAACUUGGUGGCAAGGACCACAUUGGCUUUCAGCAUCUCCUUCUACUUGGCCGAACGAAGUACGAGCUCUUAAUAUAGAAGAUAAUCUAGAAGAACGACCAAUGAAAGUCGUCACCAUCUCGAAGGACUACGGUCCUGAGUUAUGGGAGCUUGCUCAUCGAUACUCAGAUUUGACACGCUUACUUCGAAUCACCGCUACCUGCAUGAGAGCUAUUGCUCGUUUCCGACGAUCAAAUGCAAUACUCUCAGAAACUCCUCUGACUCCUCAAGAGUUAAAUCACGCUAAACUCUUUUGGAUAAAGGCCGUGCAACAAGUGUAUUUCAAACACGACUUGCAAACUUUAAGUUCGGGACGAUCUCUCGAUAAGACGAGUCCACUUUUGCGUCUGACACCCAAAUUGGACUCCGACGGAUUCUUACGUGUAGGCGGUCGACUCCAUUCCGCAUUCCUGCCUAUUAACACUAAACAUCCGUUUAUUCUACCGAAAGACUCCCCUUUUACUGCAUUAAUUAUCGCUGAUGCACACUUGCGUACUAUGCACGGUGGUACGCAAUUAACUACUAAUUUUAUUAGAACAGAAUACUGGAUAAUAGGAGGACGAGCUCCAAUCCGUUCCUUUAUUCUUAAAUGCAUUCGAUGCGCCCGCUUUCGUCAGAAAAGAGCACAGCAAAUAAUGGCUCCGCUGCCAAUAGAAAAUCUAACGCCAUCUAGGGCAUUUUUACAUUCUGGUGUUGAUUACGCAGGACCGUUUGUCCUUAAGACUUGGAGAGGAAGAAAUCCCCAGACCUACAAAGCCUAUAUAGCUCUCUUUGUUUGCCACGCUACGUCGGCAAUUCAUUUGGAGUUGGUAACCGACUACACCACUGAUGCGUUCAUUGCCGCCUACAAGCGAUUCACUGCCAGAAGGGGGAUAUGCGCCACCCUGAUGAGUGAUUGCGGCACGAACUUCAAGGGAGCUGAUUCCGAACUCAAAAGGCUAUUCUCGUCUUCUUCGGAAGAAUUGGGGAACCUGGCUAUGCUUCUGGCCAAUCACGGAACGCAAUGGAAAUUCAACCCUCCAUCUGCACCUCACUUCGGAGGUAAAUGGGAAGCGGGGGUUCGUUCCGUUAAAUUUCAUCUCAAACGAGUAGUUGGUGACAACUUGCUUACUUUUGAAGAGAUGAGUACUUGGUUAACGCAGAUUGAGGCUACCCUCAAUUCAAGACCUCUCUGUCCCCUAACUGAUGAUCCUAACGAUCUCAACGCAUUAACUCCUGGACACUUUCUGAUUGGAGGUGCUCCCACAAUUAUUCCUGAACCAUCUCUUGAAGCUGUUAAAGUAGCACGAUUAUCCAGAUGGCAACUGAUUCGACAAAUGUUGGACAGUUUUUGGACUAGAUGGUCCAGCGAGUGUUUACAACGCUAUCUUUCCAUUUACAAAUGGAAUAAGGCCACUCCUUCGUUGAAGGUUGGCUCUCUCGUAUUAGUAGUGGAUGAAAGGUACCCACCAUCAAAAUGGCCUUUAGGCCGUAUCAUUGAAACUUUUCCCGGCAGCGAUGGAUAUACGCGAGUAGUCUCAGUUCGUACACAACAUGCAGUAUUGAAACGACCUAUCGUCAAGGUUUGCCCGUUACCUAUAGAAUCAGACGUAGUAUAA